CUAUACGCCAGUUUCUCUCUCCAUUCUCUCUUUCCUUCACCGCACAAAACCUCUCUCUCUAUCAUUUUCGCCUGAGAAUUAUCAGAAAAACUCUCUCCAUUGACUCAAACCCAUCGAUUUCAGACACAUUUCAGCCGCUUCUUCCCCUCUUUCAAAGUAAAAAGGAAAAGAAAAACAUCAUUCAAAAUCAGUAUUUCCCUAUCCAAACAGCAUUUCUGGAUUUAUGAUCGAUUUUUCUUCAAAUGGGUUUUUGCUGAGAAACACAUUGCAGCUGUUUUUUCAUGGUUCAGACUCAUUUACAGCUCCGACCCCAAAUUGGGAUAAGGCUUUAGAUGAUAAUGGUGACAAAUGGUGCAGCUCUUGCGUUUAUCAACUUGAUUGUUCAUUAAAUGAGCCACCUAUCUGCUUACACUGCCAUCCAUGCCCAUUAUGGGAGUUUAUUUUGUUAGCAAUUCUACUAGGGUCUACCCACCCCCCCUUCUAUUCUAUCACCAAGGUUUCUUCAAUGAAUUCUCUUGUAAGAUACACCCUCCCUAAGUCAAGAGAUUGUAUUGGCUUGAGCUUGGAGCGGCUCCUGUGAAAUCGGUUUUAUCUGAUCUUUUGUUGGUGUUUAGAGGCAUGAAAAUGCUGCCUUUGGUCUAUACGUGUUUCCAUAUUGAGCGGAAUUGAUGGGUUUCAUUUGUGUCUGGACGAAUCAUACACAGCUAAAACAAAUGUAUAAAAUUUUCAUGUGUAUAACAAGUAGAAUAUGAUAAGUAUGAAAUUUCCGAAGCGGUCCGUGCUUGUGCUUCCAAAGCGGUAUGUGAUUGUGCUUUUAAUGUUCAUUUCCACAUGCAUCUGCUACAUCGAACGCGUCGGCUUCUCAAUCGCUUACACAGUAGCUGCAGAUGCUGUUGGGGUGAACCAAUCAAGCAAGGGCAUGAUACUGUCAACGUUCUAUUUCGGGUACGCAGUAUCGCAGAUCCCUGGAGGGUGGGUCGCGCAAUGCAUUGGGGGGAGACGUGUUCUACUACUGUCAUUCGUAUUGUGGUCCAUGACAUGUGCUUUAGUUCCGCUUGACCCCAACCGGGUCCAGAUCCUGGUGAUCGCUCGCUUGCUCGUCGGGGUGGCCCAAGGUUUCAUCUUUCCCUCGAUCCACACCGUUCUAGCACAGUGGGUCCCACCUCAUGAACGGUCACGGUCUGUUUCUCUCACAACUUCAGGAAUGUACCUAGGUGCAGCAGCCGGCAUGCUCCUGUUGCCGAGCUUGGUUAAGUUCAAGGGGCCCCAGUCAGUAUUUUUGGCUGAGGCCGCUCUGGGUUCCAUGUGGUCUCUUCUUUGGUUCAAAUAUGCGAGCGACCCACCAGGUUUGGAUCCCCUAAAAGCAACUGCUGCCAGUUUCGGGGAAUCUUUGUUGCCGAUCACGAAGUAUAAAGAUUCCCCAAAAGGGGGUUUGCAGAAGGUGAAGGUGGAGAAUGGAGGAUGCUCGGUCCGCGUCGUCAAAAUACCAUGGAAAAGGAUAGUCCUCAGCUUGCCUGUUUGGGCAAUCGUUGCGAACAACUUCACUUUCCAUUACGCGCUGUACGUGCUGAUGAAUUGGCUGCCGACAUACUUUGAACUAGGGCUCCGGCUUAGUCUUCAGGAGAUGGGCUCGUCAAAAAUGCUGCCUUAUUUGAACAUGUUCAUAUUCUCCAAUAUAGGUGGAGUCGUCGCUGACCACUUGAUCACAAGAAGGAUCAUGUCUGUAACCCGGACCCGGAAGUUCUUGAACACGAUUGGGUUCAUUGUUGCAGCCCUCGCUUUGAUGGCCCUCCCCAUAUUCAGAACUUCCACCGGCGCCGUCUUUUGUUCUUCCAUUUGUCUCGGUUUCUUGGCAUUGGGAAGAGCUGGGUUUGCCGUGAAUCACUUGGACAUUGCUCCAAGGUACGCGGGGAUUGUGAUGGGAGUUUCCAACACUGCUGGGACGCUAGCGGGCAUUGUUGGGGUCGGGCUCACAGGCCGGAUUCUUGAGGCAGCUAAGACCACCCAUAUGGAUCUUUCGAGCCCAGAAAGCUGGAAGCCAGUGUUCUUCAUUCCGGGGUGCCUCUGCAUAUUCAGUUCAUUUGUGUUUUUGAUAUUCUCGACUGGGGAGAAGAUUUUCGAUUGAAGAAGAACACAUUCGGACCCAUCACAACACACCAUCAGGCCACUUAUACAAAUCAGUCAUUCAGCUUGCCCAUCAUUUUGUAGCAUUGUUACCCUUCCCAAGGUGUUGAUGUCUCCAUCAUCUGUGAAAUGUGGAGUCGCCAAGAUUGGGUAUGUUGACAGCAUUCAGUCGAUUUUUUCUAGAUUUUAUUUUUUAAUGGUAUUUUUUAGACCUUUCAAAAAAGAUUGUCAUUUUUUAGAUUUUAUGUGAAUUACUAGAACUUUUUCUUUCACGAUUGGAAAUUUUAAAGCUGAA